AUGCGCUUCCUUGCGCGCAUGCGGAACUGGGAGUUCCGUCAGUUGCCUGCAGUGCAUCGUUGUAGCCGACCAACCCGCCCGGACAAAGCCCGAAAGGUGGGCUACAAGGCCAAGCAGGGCUACUGCAUCUACCGCGUCCGCGUGAAGCGAGGAGACCGCAAGAAGCGCGUGGCCAAGGGCAUCGUCUAUGGCAAGCCAGUGAACCAAGGCAUCAACAAGUGGAAGGCCGUGCGAAACCUCCGCUCCAUUGCCGAAGAGCGCGUCGGACGCAAGUGCGGAUCCCUGCGAGUCCUGAACUCCUACUGGGUGGCACAGGAUGCGAUGCACAAGUGGUACGAAGUGGUGAUGGUGGAUCCCUUCCACAAUGCCAUCCGCAACGACCCACGCAUCAACUGGAUUUGCAAGCCUGUGAUGAAGCAUCGAGAACUGCGAGGCGUGACGGCUGCCGGGCGCAAGGCACGUGGCCUCUUGAAGAAGGGCAAGCGGGCACAGCCUGAUGCGGCUGCGCCGCUACCGGUGAGGCCGGUGCAGCUGAACUUCGGUCCCCCAGAGUCGGACUCGGUGGAGGGCUGGGAGGCUGCCUUUGGAACGGUGACGGGUACGCCAUUCCUCCAACUGACAUCGCUCGAUCCACCUGUCUUCGGAUACUGGGGUGGUGAUUACCAAAGUGCUGUGCAUGUGCAGUUGGACGCAAGUCCAAAUGGCAGCUUCAGCAUUCUGCCAGAGAAUGUGUUCCUUUGCUUGGUGUCCGUGCCCGUGGGCAGCUAUCAUCUGGAGGUGUCCGUGGGGAACGCUUCGGGGGUCGCGUCAUCCUGUUUGGAGCUCGACAACGGGGUCCGGAUAUAUGAGGGCCAAACACUUGCUGGUGCGAUCGACACGGCCUUUGCCCAGCUGCAGAAGCAGGACUUGGACUCUUGCCUCACGUUGCGCGCCUGCGCGGAGGCGGUCGUGAACAGCUGGAAGGCGACAGGGGCACAAGCGAGAGACAGGCUUCCCAGUUUGCUGAAUGCUUCGCCAGCUUUGCAUCAUGGCGCCAACCCCGAGAAACCGGAGCGCUGUCCCAGUUCGUGGGAAUUGGAGCUGCGUCGUGUGCAUGCAGACUUGAAAGAAAAGCUCGAGAAUCCACACUUCGUGGCCACUCGAUGUGAUCAAGAUGGCUCAGGAGAUUUAUCUUUCCAUGAGCUUCAGCAAGCUCUUCGGGUCUUUGGCAGAAGCUUUCAGGGGCCAGAACUGCAAGAGCUCAUGCUCGGGCAAACGUGGAUCAGCAAAGAACGCUUCGCUGAGAUCAUUGAAGCCUCUCAUCCUUCGAGACGACGAAUAGUUCCACACUCCUUGCGGGGCAUGGCUUUGGGUCAGUUGCAUCACCUCGAGACCUUGUUUGUGACAUCAGGAUGGUUGGCGAUGCAGUGCAACUCUUUCAACACCGUGAAUUCUCAAGCCAUCCUCGAUGGUAAGAUGUUCUAUCAGGCACCCAAUUUGUAUGGCCUGGACAUGUUUGUAGUAACUCCUAUGUCGAAGCCAGGACAUUGCAUGGCCCGUGAUCAGGAUCAUCAGCAAAGCAUUCCGGCGAGCACUGAACCAGCAUCCUUUUCUGAACUGCUGAAUCCACAUGGUUUGUACGUGCACUGCUUUGUCUCCCACUUUUGGGGACAUGACUUCCACAGCACGGUCAAGGCUUUGGAAAUGUGGGCAGGCACCAAACUUCGAGCUCUGGAGACUGAAGAUCCAGAAGCAGUGGUGUUUUGGAUUUGCCUUUUUGCAUUAAACCAGCACAAUGUGGCUGAGGAGGUGGGGAAGACGCCCCGGCAAGGCCCUUUCAACGCAGCCUUGUCGCAAGCCACCGGAGGAGCUGUGAUGGUUCUCGAUGCCCAAAUCAACCCUUUCAGAAGAAUUUGGUGUUUGUUCGAAAUCUCUCGGUUGAAGGACCUUGAGCGGCCUUUUGAGUUGAUUUCCGACAUGGGCUCGUUGUCGCAGCCAGAAAGCUUUCAAUGGGAGGCAGAAGCGAUUGUGAUGCUUCGAGCCACGUGUGAGGCUUUGUGGGAGGUGUCAGCGAUGAGGGCGCAGAGUUCGGUGGAGGCAGACAAGUAUGCAAUUUGGGCAGAAACUGUAAGCAAUGGCUUGAAGGGUGCGAUAGAAGCACAUGGUGCCAAAGCCUUCUUUGAUGCCGAAAUCCAAGCAUCAGGUUUGGAUGGGUUGAACUGCUUUUUUGGGAACUUCGAUCACUACGUUCGCUCGCUUCUUUCCAGCAGCGUUCUGCAGCUUUCACUCGCAAGGGCAGAUUAUGCUUCAGCGGCCAAGUGCUGCCUGCACGGAGCAUCAUUUACACGCGAGCAGCUGCAGGAAAUUUGUACAUCCUUCAGUGCAGACGGACAACGGACAGUGUGGUUGACCGAACUGCUGUCUAAAGCCACAGAUGCAACCAUGGCACAGCUACUGCUGCAGUGUGGUGCUGAUGUAGCGGCCAGAGUCAGGAAUGGCGAAACUGCUCUGCUGGGUGCAGCUCGAGGUGGCCAAGUGGCUGUGGUGAGGAUGCUGUUGCAACAUGGUGCCGACGCUGGGGCCACAAGGCAUGAUGGUGCCACUGCUCUGAUGUGUGCUGCUACAGCUGGCUACGAGCACGUGGCAAAGUUGCUGUUGCUGCAUAGGGCCAAUGCGGGGGCCAAAAGGAAUGAUGGCCUCACUGCGUUGCUUUGUGCUGCUACGGUCGGCCACGAGCACGUGGCAAAGUUGCUGUUGCACCAUGGCGCCAAUGCAGCGGCCGCAAGGAAUGACGGCUUCACCCCACUAAUGUUUGCUGCUAAGUGUGGGCACGAGCCUGUCGUGAGGCUGCUGUUGCACCAUGGUGUUGAUGUGGGGGCCACAAGGGGUGAUGGCGCCACUGCCCUAAUGGAUGCUACUCAAGGUGGCCAUGAGGCUGUGAUCAGGCUGCUUUUGCAGCAUGGUGCCGAUAAAGGGGCUGCCAGGUCGUUAGGCUGUGACAAGGCAGAACUGGAGCGCUGCAUUGAAUUCCAUAUGGAACUGCCUUCUUUUUCGCAUUUCGUUAUCAACAUGUGA